CGUGACCCAAACAACAUGCCUGCUUCGAAGUUGUGGAUUGUUUGCAUUUCAUUAGCUAGCUGAUUGUGAGCUAAUAUAUCGACCAUGGAUAAAAGGAAAAAGCAAUAUGCCGUAACUGCUUCAUCUGUGAGUUGUUUAGAAUAAUUCAUAUUGUCAAAUGGUCUCUAAUUUUGCUUGUCAGCAGCGUGUGAACCAUAGCUAGCUAGUUAGCUAACGGUAGCUAGUUAGCCUAGUCAGUACACUAACGUAGCAAGCUAGGCUACUUUCUGCUGACAAAUUAGUUAGUAGGCAAACUAACCAUGUUAUAGCCAAAGUAAAUGUAAAAAUAAAAUAAAAACAUGUUCUAUUGUUGUCGAGGUUCAUGGGUAUUCAAAUGGGGGUAACGUUAGUUGCUAUCAGUUUAAACACUAAAAUGGCGACCACAACGCUAUGUUACAAAUUUCAAUGGAGAAUACUUUACUCUCCUCUGCAGCUGGUUGAUCUCAAAGCUGAACUCUACAGGAAACAAGAGCAAUUCAAACAUGAAAAAUUGGUGCAAGAUGCUGGAACUAGUGCCAAAGCCCCCAAAAUCAAGGUAUGUAUUAAACAUUGUACAGGACAGAGACAUGUAAUGAACAGGAUACCACACAUUUUGACCAGGAUAUCCUAACUUUGUCUCCAUAAUAUAAUAUGCCAUUUAGCAGACGCUUUUAUCCAAAGUGACUUAGUGUGCAUAAAUGUUUACGUAUGGGUGGUCCCGGCGAUCGAACCCACUACCCUGGCGUUACAAGCGCCAUGCUCUACCAAUUGAGCUACAUAGGACCAUCCAUAUAACAUCCAUUGUGUUCUUUUCCCUGUGUAGAAACCUAAUGUAUGGAGCAAACAGAAUGAGGGUGUUUUAGAGCGGUCACAGAAAGAUGUGGAACUGGUGGCAGAGGAAGAGAACAACCUUGACAAUGCAAAGUGAGUACAAAGUAGUGAUGUACUACACACUGACAACAUAUUUACUGCACCAUCACUGCCUUCUAUUAGGUCUUCUGUGUAGUAUAGCAAAAGUAUAUCAUUGCUGUUUGUCUUCCAUGUCUCUCUUUGCCCGCAGGCGCAAGCUAGAGGAGAAGGCUAAACUGUAUGAGCAGAUGACCAAAGGAGACUUUCCUGGUAUAGUGUUAUGUCAUUCGGUAUAUUGUACAAGAAAUGCUGUCAUAUCUGUAUGUAAAGUUGACAUGAAGGCCCUGCAAAUACCUUUUGUAUUUCUCACAUGGGAAUUACUAUCCUCUUUUCCAAUGUGUCAGAUGAGGAGACAGAGGGACUUUUCCUGGUGGAUUUCACCCAGAAGAUUAUUGACAAGAAGAGAGAGAAUCAUGCCCAACGAGAGAGUGAGAGAGAGGAUAAAGAGAGCUCUUCCCCCAUCCCACCCCCUGAGAACCCAGGCGAGGAAUGGUAAUGUCUCUACAGCACAGGAAGCCCCAAACUACUGUAUGUCUCAUCUAUAGCAGAAGUGCAGUAUUGGACUGUAGAUGCCAUUGGGUGUUCAAGGGUUAGGAAUUGAAGUAGCCGUUUACUGAUUUCUACUUAGGGAGGACUAUGUAGAUGCUUUGGGACGAUCUCGGAGAUGCAUGAAGAAAGACCUACCAGGGUUCAAGAAAAUGGACCAAGAUUUUCAGGGAAAAAGGUAUAUUUUACUCUGAUCAAACCUUAAAAUGAAUGUAUGCUUGUUUUUAGUAGAAUAUGUUAGUACCAACAGUGCCCCCCCCACCCCCCUUUGUGUGUGCUUGCUUGCUUUUAUGUACACAGACGUGACCCGGCUGAGAAGGACCUGCUGUCAGAGGACAUGCGUAGAGAGCUGCAAAGGCAGGAGUGGGAGAGGGAGGAGGAGGAGGCCAUGAACAGACCUGUGGGACCAAUCCACUAUGAGAACAUCAGGGAGCAAGGUUAGCAAGACACUUGUUACAGAGAUACACUAGUGAACUCAUCAAAUCAAACUCUAUUUACUGUACAUUCUACAGCAAACCCGUAGAGGUGUAUUCUCUGUGGAUUAUGGAUUGACUUGUGCUCUUCCCAACUCUCACUGAUCUCCGUCCUCUUCCUCCUCAAUCUCUCACUCUGCUACUUUUCCUCCCCGUUAUCUCUCCGUCUGUCCACGUCAGAGGCCCGUGAGCUGGGUGUGGGCUACUUUGCAUUCUCUCAGGACCAGGAGCAGCGCAGGAAACAGAGAGAGACUCUGGACAUGCUCAGAGACCAGGUGAGUUGCUCUCAGCCUCCCCUGAGAUUAGGACCUUCUUAUAUUACUUAUCAGUACAUUUAAAUGACUUGAGUUUGAAGCAGAUUGUCGAUGUUCAUUUAUUGAGGUUUCUUUCUUUCUCUCUCCUUCUCUUUCUCAUAGACAACAGACCAGCGCAGUAAGAGGGAGCAGCUGAAGGAGAAGAGGAAGACUCUGCUGGACGCUCGGCUGGCCAAGGUGAGGCAGAGGAAGAUGAAGAAGGCCAAGCUGGAUGGAACUGAGGACAACCAGGGAGCUGAACACAAUCAAGGUUAGAGGAAACUCCCACAACAAUACAGCAUCCGGGACAAUGACAACUGAUCACUCUAGAUUUAAUGGCUAUGACUAUAGUGCUCUGUAUUCUUUGGGCUGUAGUGAAUGCUGUUGUAAGUGUUGUCGGUUGUAUAACUUCUCUCAGAAGAGGAGGAGGACCUGAUUGGGCCCCUGCCCCCAUCAGAUGGAGCCCCUGAAGAGGCCCCUGCAGUGAAGAAGGUGGAGGUGGAGAUCCAGGAGAGGAGGGACACCAAGCCAGGAGUACCCCACGUCAGAGAGUGGGACAAGGGCAAAGGUAAACGCUACUCUUUGUUUGGGGCUGACACAAUUGGCAUGGGUCUUUUUAUAAUUAAUGGUGAUCAUUGAUGAAUCACUGCCACCACACUAGCUCAACACGUAUAACACAACAAAGUCGAACAAGAGAGAUCUAGGUGUAACCAAGGCCUGUCAUCUCUGGGUAUUUCCUCCAGUGGGACACUGAAGAGUGGUAUGCUGCCUGGGGGAGGGGUUAAGUCAUUAACUAACUGUCUUCUCUUUCCAAUAUGACAACACGUUCCUUUCCUAGUGGACUUUUUUGGCGAGUGGACGAGUCGGCGGCGGGAUGAGAGGGAGUCUGAAUUCGCCCCUCCCUCUGCGUACUUCAGCAAUAAUAAAAGACAGGGCUAUGGGAAAGAGGCCAAACGGGAGCAGGACAAACCCAAAAUGGCCUUCAAGUGGUCAGAGGGGCAGGGUGGAGGGCGCAAGGAGCCGCCCCAGGCCAAGCCCAAAAGUACUCCUAUGUCCCAGCCUCAGCCCAGAAGUACUCCUAUACCCCAGCGAAGUACCCCUGUACCCUCACAACCUCAACCCACACCAUCCCCUGCUCAGCCCCAAAACACUGUCCAACCCCAAAAUACACCUGCACCUCCAGCCCCUCAGUGCCCCCCUCAACCCCCACCUCAGUACCCCACCUCUCAACAGCCCCAACCCCAAUACACACCACCUCCACCCCCACAAACACACCCUCAGUUUGAUUCCCCAUUUCAGCCCCAAUUUUCACCUCCACCCUUUCAUCCCCAGUAUCCCACUCCACCUCACCUCCAGUAUGCAGCCCCACCUCACUACCCACCUCAAUACACCCCACAGUAUCCCCCGCAGCCCCAAACUCGUCCCCAGUGCCCCCCUCAGCCUCAGAUCCAGCCCCCCUCCCAGAGCCUGGAUGACAUGCUGUCCUUCUACAAGAAUUCUACUUGAUCCUCACAGACCUGUCUCACACAGGUGACACACACCUGUAUUAAUCUACCCUAACACACAAACAACGUCAAUGUGUGUUAGACUUUAAUGACAUUACUGUGAUCUUUGAACCCUCAGAGGGCACCAAAGAGAAGGAACCAUUUUCGUAAUUUGACCUAUAACCUGCUUUCUUUCUUUAUGAUCUGUUAUUAAAGGAUAGCAUUUUAAUUUGACAUUGUGUUGUCUUUUCUGAUUGCUGUAUUUGUGACAGAGAACCACGAUGAGGGAAGAAAACUAUUUAAUCAAUUUUAGA